CCCUACCCGCCCGGGCAGCACGGGCCGCGGCACAGCCACCGCCACGUCAGGGCCUGCCAGCCCGUCCGGCACGGUAACGUGACGCACGAGGCCUGGCCCGGCGACAACAGCACGGGGCUGCCCGCGGCCACCACCCGGACCUUCGUUUCCUACAUCUCCUCGGCCGAGAAGCAGCGCCGGGCCGUUUACGGCCACUUCACCUUCGUGAGGAACCCGCUGAAGACAUUGUCGGUGCUGGAGCCCGGCGGUGCCGGGGGCUGCGGGGAGCAGCGCAGGGUCACCGUGGAGGAGACGGCGCGGCUGGGCCGGUGCCUCGUGGCUCAGAACGGUGGUUACUUCGACAUGAGCAGCGGGAAGUGCCUCGGGAACGUGGUGAGCGACGGCAGGCUGGUGCAAAACGCCCGCGGCCUGCAGAACGCCCAGUUCGGCAUCCGCAGGGAUGGCAGCAUGGUGUUUGGUUACCUGUCUGAGGAGGAUGUCUUGGAUCAAGUAAACCCCUUUGUGCAGCUCGUGAGCGGGGUGGUUUGGCUCCUGAGAGAUGGAGAAGUGUACAUCAAUCAGAGUCAAAUUGCAGAGUGUGAUGAAACUCAAACCACAGGAACCUUUGAGAAGUUCAUCAGUGUGAUAUCAGCCAGGACUGCAGUUGGACAUGACAGUCAGGGGCAGCUGGUCUUGGUUCACGUGGAUGGACAGACCGAAUCUAGAGGGAUCAACCUCUGGGAAAUGGCCGAGUUUCUGAAACAGCAGGGAAUCAUCAAUGCAAUCAACCUGGAUGGUGGAGGGUCGGCAACGCUGGUCCUGAACGGGACCCUCGCAAGCUACCCUUCAGAGCACUGCUCCUUUGACAACAUGUGGCGAUGCCCUCGGAGCAUCUCAACCAUUGUGUGUGUCCACGAGCCUGCCUGCGAGCCUGCAGACUGCAGCGGCCACGGGGAGUGCGUGCAGGGGCAGUGCCACUGUGCUGGGGACUUCUGGAGAGGCCCAGCCUGUGACACGUUGGACUGUGGCCCUUCCAACUGCAGCCUGCACGGCACCUGCACCGCCUCUGGGUGCCUGUGUGAGGCUGGCUGGGUUGGCAGCAACUGCAGUGAAGCUUGUCUGAGCGGUUUCUACGGGAAUGCUUGCAGCCAGAAAUGCCAGUGCCAGAAUGGUGGCUCUUGUGACCCUGUGCAUGGAACCUGCUCCUGCCCGGCCGGGUACUAUGGCACAAGCUGUGAGCAUGCAUGUCCCAUGGGCAGGUAUGGGCCCAACUGCCAGCAGCUCUGUGCAUGUGAGCACUCGUGUCCCUGCAACCCACAGACAGGCAGCUGUAACAUCACCUACGAACUGGCCAUACAGGACCAGCUCAACAAAGCUUGGAGGUGUUUGGCUUCCCCAGAUAAGGAAAAAAGCAAUGAAAAAUUCUCUCUGUCAGAAAGAACCUGGAUCUCCGUGACCUUUGUCUUGGCUCUGCUUCUCGCAAUUAGUGCCAUGGGAAAUGUGGGCCUUUUUCUGAAGGCCAGGUCAGAGAGGCAACAGGGAGGUGGUGAUUAUCGCUAUCACCCCCUGAGGGAGAUGAAUGGAGAAGCCAGCCAUACCUUCACGUCUGCUGCCUGUGAAGCAGAAGAUGCUCAGGACCAAAGUCAGACACUCCUUUAGAAUCCCAGCUGGGAAAAGAGAAGAGGUAUUUCACUCUGCACCUUGUAUUGCCAUUCAGCACUGACUGUUACAGAGAAUUUUUAGAUCUAGAGUGUAAAACUGCUGACAAACACAAGAGCAGCAGCAAGAGAUUUUAGUCCAAGAACUCCCUCGCUUCUUGCCCAGCCCUGCUGAGGACACUGCUGGCUUCCCUCACCUCCCCACCUGCUCUGACUGGAGCAGAUGAGAGCUGCCAUGAGAGGAUGCAAGCCAUGGGGCCAGCUUCCACACACAUAGGAGGGAGUUCCACAGCUGCAGCAGAAUUGGAGCCAUGGGUACUUCAGAAAGGUCCUUUGUCACACACAGUGGUACAGUCGCUAAGUAUGUUGAAGAGGUAAGAUAAACUGCAUGUUGCCUCUUGCAUAUAGGCAUAAGGAAGCUGCCUUAAGGAUUAUCUGAUCUAUGGUUAUCUGCACUUCCCUUGUAAGAUUUUAAGAUGCUAAACACAAUGAAACCACAACAUUCUUCCUCCUUGCCACAGCAGUAGGCUCAGAGGCUGACACACAGGGUUGUGGCUUUCUUGUGCCUUCUUCCCUCUGCCCCCCUCCAAACCUUACGGUGACUGCAGUCAACAUCCUCAGUCCCAGGACUGGUCUAACAGGUUUUCAUGAGCACUGUCUUUUUGGUCAAUUCUUACAGCACAGCAACAGGAGAAGUCUGACUGGUGCACGCACCUCAGCCUUGCCUUCUCUCCUACCUCCCAGGAGCAGCUCAGCCAGAGGUACUGCAGCACUGAGCCCUCCCAGCUGGGGAAUCGAUGGAGGAGGCAGCAGGACCUGACUGAGCCCCGGGCUGGGCUCACCACACCACAGCCUUGUUCAGCCUUCUCAGCACCUGGCUGCCCUCCCUCAGCUGCACAGGGUCCCUGCAGCCCUUCUGCUUCCUGCUGCUGGAACUGCAUUCCAUUAUGGGGGUGGCAGCCACCAGGGAGCUGGGGCUGUGCUCACUACUUCAGGCAGCCCAAUAUCCUGAACAUCUCAGCUGGAAACUGGAUGUUUUACUGGAACACGUACUUGCACAGUGUAAAAAAAAAAAAGUGUCCGAGUUUGCUUCCCUGUGAGGAGAAACUAGCCUUUAAUGUGCUACUUUAAUGCUGCACUUUUUUUUUUUUAAGCCUGAAAGACUGAGCCUGAACUUUUUUUUAUGCACUCUAUUUUUAAUCUCUUCAAGCAAAGGAAAUGUAAACUUUUGUGCCACUGUUGGCAUCAAAUCAACUUGUAAACUGAAGAUUCUAUUUUUCUAUUACUUACAGUGGCAUUUUGAAACUUGAAUAAAGUCAAUUAGUAAUAA